CUACAAAACACGUACUGGGUGUUUUAUGUAAGUGUUAUCGUUUCAAUUAUAAUGUUUACUUCAAUGAAUUUUUUUUUCCAGAACUAAUAAACCCGCAUUAAAUUUUGUUUUGUUUUACUUAUCCACUCCAUUCUGACUAAGCCCUUACCUAAAAUAAUAAGAUGUAGUGAUUAGGGUAUUAUCAUUUCUUCCGUAAAACAAGUGUUCAGACACCUCCUCCCACCCAGCACGCGAAGGUAGAGCGCCUACUUAGAAAUAUGUAUUAUGGUAAACAAGAUUAUAGGUUAGAAAGGGGCCCUCUUACCACUUGUUGACAGUGAAUACGGCAGGCAUUCAUACGUCUAAAGCUCUCUGCAGACGGGGACAACAGUGGCGUCCAGUAGUACUAGCCAUUAAUGGAGGCCAGUAAUUAUCCCUCUAUUGUCCUCGUGUGCAAGGGUAUUGCCGCUCCAACGUCCAGUAAGCUACUGGCGGCCACCAAAGUCAAACAGGUUUGAGUUUAGUGGACGCUGGGAGGGCUAGUUCGGGUCACGUGACCUAGUGGCUGUCAUUAUUGGACGUUGCUAAAUGGGUACUGGCUGACAGUGCGUCGCCGGACUCUGCUGGGAGAGGAACUAAUUCAGUGUUUUUGUUGCGAAAUGUGUUCCAAACCUGAGGAAGUGAAGACGAGACCAAAUGGGAGUGUGAAAUGAGUGCGGACCAUAUAAAUACAUUUUUAGACAUUUACGUAAAUUACGAACUGCUAUGGAACGUCCGUAAUGCUGAUUAUACCAACAAGACGAAGAGGGAGAGUGCAAUAAUGAAGUUAUUAAAUGAAUUAAUAGAGGUAGGGGUUGCAGUGCCCGACUUGAGUUUUUUGAGAGCUCGUAUAAAGGCAAUAAAGGCCACAUAUCGGAGUGAACUCCUGAAAGUGAAUGAAUCCAAAAAAAGUGGAGCUGGUACUGACGAUGUCUACGUCCCGAAAUUACCCUGGUUCAGUGCAGCAGACAGUGUCUUAAGAGAUGUGGUGAUAACGAGAAAGUCAACAUCGAAUUUGGUUGAACCAGCUUCCAGCACUAAAGUUGGUCAGCUACCCGCGCACACUAACGAAGUUGGGACGGAAGAAGUAAUUGAAGAAUCUGAAAUGGAUCUAACUGAACACAACGUCGACAAUCCGAAGGGAGAAUUAGGCACAUCACAAUCCCAAGUUAUGUCACACUUCCAAACCCCAGUCACAAAAAAACGCCGUAUAAGCAAAUUAUCAAAAGUUGAGAGUGCAAUUGACAAACUACAAAAAAUAUCUGAGAGUCGUUCGCCAGUGCCAAUCAAAGCCCCAUCCCACGAGGUUGAUGUAUUUGGAGCGUAUGUAGCUGCUCAGUUAAGGGACCUUCCCAUGAGGAACAGACUAAGUUGCCAAGACAAAAUUCAAACUAUGCUAACCAAAGAGAGGUUGAAAUUGUUGGAUCCCCCACGACCUCCACCUUCUCCGAUGCUAUCUGGAACCUCGUCCUACGGCUGUGAUUCUGAUGAUGAUGUUGAAACUCCUCGAUUUAUAUCUGAAGGAGAUUUACUCUACAGACAAUUACACUGA